UGUGCGCUCUGUCAACAUAUCAGCAAUGGCAUCGGCGUUGAGGCUUGGACUAAAUAACCAACAGCUGUUUGGAAGGUUGGCGUGCCUUCAAAAAUGUGUGGUUCCCUGUACAUCAGCAUCCACAUCAGCUGAGAAAGCUGGGACGAAGAUGGACAAGUAUUGGAAGAAAAACAGUCAAAGGAACAGACCACUUUCACCACAUCUUAGUAUAUACAAAUAUCAUAUCCCUAUGAUGUUGUCGAUAUCAAAUAGAAUCACGGCCAGUAUCGUCACAGGAGCUUUCUUUGCUGCGCCCAUGAUCUACCUGUUCGGCACAAAGGAUUUCGCGGGUUAUUAUGCACUUCUACAGAACUCUGGUCCAUUAGUUCAGAGUGGGGUUAUAUUUGCCAAGCUGAACCUGGCUUUCUGCUUCAGUUUCCAUUUCUGGGCCAGCAUAAGACAUUUUGUCUGGGACACAGGAAAGGGCUACUCGACUGAGCAGCUUUACCAGACCGGCUAUGCCUUGCUAGCAGCUACACUUCUCACAACGGCUGGGCUUAUGUGUCUGUAACCUAGGAACAUUGCUCAAGACUUUGUGGAGAUUAUUUUCACCCUAUCAGUCUUUGCCCUGACUAUGAGAUACCGAAAUUUAAUGUAGUCUAUAACAGUAGAAAUCAGAUAUGUGUACAUAAUGAGACGUGUUCUUGGAAAACUUGGAUUCAUGCAUGACCGUAAAGUGUCUUCCCAGAAUAGCCUUUGCAGUGCGCACGUGCUAAUCAGGGACGUCUCUUUCCGUCUUAAUUGGUUAUCCCUAAAAAGAGGCCUCCUUCUUAUGAAAAUACAAUUAAAGUGGAGUGAUGAUUAUCGUGUAAAGAGUGCACAGGCUAACCUGUGAUGUCACUUUAUAUGCAUUGAUUAGACCACUUUAUAUGCAUUGAUUAGACAACUUUAUAUGCAUUGAUUAGACCACUUUAUAUGCAUUGAUUAGACAACUUUAUAUGCAUUGAUUAGACCACUUUAUAUGCAUUGAUUAGCCAAGCACUUUAUAUGCAUUGAUUAGAUCACUUUAUAUGCAUUGAUUAGACCACUAUAUGCAUUGAUUAGACCACUAUAUGCAUUGAUUCAGGGGUUUUUUUUACUAAGAAAGUGACACCGAUAUUCGGCGUCUUCCCCUACCAGAAUUUUUCCCCUAAAAAUACAAUUUUCCCUCCAAAAAUGUAAUUUUUCACCAAUAUAUAAUAUUUUACCCUCAAAGAAAUGUUUUUUUCUUUUGGGAAGUCGACACUUAUCCAAUUUGUACCGUGUACAACGAUCUCGCUCUCUCUCUCUCUCUCCCGACGAACACUCAAAUCUGGGAAUACCAAUGAUUCUAAAUAUAGCUCUUAAAUUACGUAAUGGAAACCGGGCAACUAAUCGUAUUAAUCAUGGGACUAUUUUACUGGAUUCCGGUCUUGCGCGAGAAUGGCAUUUCGUCAAUUAAUUACCGAAAACCAGUCGAAUUUUCAUCCGGGUUAUGUGAAAGCCAAGAUAUAAACUUUAAAACAGAAAAAAGUCUCACAAUUGGCGUUCAUACACGAACGAAAUAAAACGUUCGGACUCGGAAAAUAUUAAUUGCGUCGACGCAUUUUCUAAGAAUGAAUCAUCAAAAACCGUUGAAACCCAGCAGAACUCGGAGGUACAUGUAAUAAACAUCGAACAUUGUGAAAGUGAAAGUACAUAAUCGGCAGCUGCCGCACCUUAUCCUUCCAAUACUGUAGCAGAUCUAAAUCAUCUACCCAUUCAUCAUGAAAUUGAAAUCACAAUAUUAACAUCGUCCCCCGGCCCCAGUUAAAAACAUUUCCCAUUAUUAGAUCUACCCCUGCAACUUUAUUUAGGACUUUGACUUUAAUAUCAUACUUGUUCAUGUGUUUAAGAACAAAAAGGUCAGAGACAUGCCUCUUUUUCUAAAAAUAAACAUUUAGUCUGUAGGUGAGUUAUAGACAUUGAAAUGAACAGUUUUUAUUUUUUCCCCAAAUAUGUCUCUUUCGCGCUCUAUUUUCCCCUUUUACCCAGCGUCCAGCGUCUUCCCCUUUUUCUAAAAAAAACCCCUGAUUGAUUAGACCACUUUAUAUGCAUCGAUUAGACCACUUUAUAUGCAUUGAUUAGACCACUUUAUAUGCAUUGAUUGGACCACUUUAUAUGCAUUGAUUAGACCACUUUAUAUGCAUUGAUUAGCCAAGUAUUCACAGAGCAAGGUUUUUAUGAUGGUGAGGCUAGCAAAUAUUGAACAUGAUGAUUACCAGUUUAACUUAAAAUUAUUUGGGUUAGUGGAUUAAAAUAAUGAAUGUAAACACUGUAUUAUUUGAACUCUGUAUAAUAAUUUGUUAUAUUUUAUUGGCACCAAAUGUAAACUGUUAUAUUUUCUUAUUUGUUUAUAUGAAUUCAUGCUUGCAUUUUCAUAUAUUAUUAUUUGAUUUAUACAUACCAGUAUUAUUCAAUUUGUCUCUACACUAAAAUUAUUUUUUCAUUGAUGUACUUGUUUGUGGUUAUGACAACUAAAUCUCGUGAUAAUAUCUUGUACAAAAAUUGCAUAGAGCAAUUUUGUAGCGCAAGUAUUGCAUUUUACAAAUUUGCUGACAUUCAUUCAGGGAGUAUACAUGUUAUACAUAUUGUCACAUACCUCUUUGUUUAUUUACUUGAUGCCUAUGAGUCAGUAUUACAGAGAUAAUAUUAUUUAUUGUACAAGUGAAUGUUUGAGCCAUAUAAA